AUGGCAUUGGGUGGAUGGCUCAUUCUCUUUGCCAUCAUACUGCGGGUGGCAGCAGCUUGCCCUGCAUCUUGUGUGGUAUGCACCAAAGAUGUAACCCUCUGUCACCAGCUAACCUAUAUAGUAGCAGCCCCUGUGACCACGAGGGUUCUCAUCAUCACUGAUGGAUACCUCUCCUCUGUGGAGAAGGCAAACCUGUCUCUCCCGUUCAAUCUUGCCCUGCUCUCUCUGAGCAGGAACAGCAUCAAGGAUGUUCAGGAAGAUGCUCUGUAUGGCCUCACGAAGCUGCGGACAUUGUUGCUGGAGCACAACCACAUAUCCAGUUCCUCCCUCGCAGAUCACACCUUCAGCAAGCUCCAUAGCCUGCAGGUGCUGGUGCUGAGCAACAAUGCUCUCCACACCCUGCGAGGGGCCUGGUUCCGUCGCACUAGGGGCCUCACCCGACUUCAGCUGGACGGCAAUCAGAUCACUAAUCUCACAGGUAGUUCUUUUGGAGGUACAAAUCUCCACAGUCUCAGGCAUCUGGAUUUAUCUAACAAUUUUAUUUCCUACAUUGAGAAAGAUGCCUUCCGGUCCCUGCCUCAACUACAGGAAGUGAACCUUUCCCGAAAUAGGUUGGCUUACAUGCCGGAUGUUUUUACUCCACUGAAGCAGUUAAUCCUCCUGAGCUUAGAUAAGAACCAGUGGAGCUGUACCUGUGAUCUCCACCCCUUGGCCCGCUUUCUAAGAAACUACAUUAAGUCCUCUGCUCACACACUCAGGAAUGCCAAGGAACUAAACUGCCAGCCAACCCCUGCAGCUGUGGCCACUGCAAAGAGUGUGCUGAGGCUGUCUGAGACCAACUGUGAUUCCAAGACUCCCAACCACACUCUGGUUCUAAAGGACAGACGUCCCCUCCAUCCAGGACAGGAUGUGGCCCUGCUGACUCUCCUUGGCUUUGCAGGAGCUGUUGGUCUCACUUGCCUAGGUUUAGUUGUAUUUAACUGGAAACUCCAACAAGGCAAAGCAAAUGAACACACAUCAGAAAACCUUUGUUGCAGAACCAUCGAUGAAUCCCUGUGUGCUCAUGAGGCAAGAAAUUACCACGCUAAGGGAUACUGUAACUGCCACUUAACUCAGGAAAACGAGAUAAAGGUCAUGUCCAUUGUGGGGUCCAGAAAGGAAAUGCCACUUUUACAGGAAAACAGCCAUCAAGCAACAUUGGCCUCUGAGUCCACAGCCCUUGACGGAUCAUUUAGAAACUUGAAAGGGAAGGACCAUGGGGCAGACAGCAGUUUCUUUUGCCUGGAUAGCAGAUUGCUACAGACAGGAUAUUCAGAUCCUCCGGGGAAUAGGGCAGCUUUUAAUGAUGCAGGCUUAGUUACAAGAUAUUGUCCAAAGAAAGUUGAAAAGCAAAGGAAUCCUAAGCCUGGAGAAGUUCAAUCUCAAAUCCUGCCACAGCAUGUAACAACAACACUAGAUAUCAGUGGUGACACAUUUAGAAGAAGAUAUGCAACAUCCGCUUUAGCCUUGGCAAGAGAAAGUCUUGAAAAGCAUUUAACAAAUGAAUCAUGGCAACCUCCAAUAGAAAAAGAAGACAAUGGCUUACAACCUCACAGGCGGAGACAUUUUACAAACUCAUCACCCAAGUCCUGUGAGUCUGAGGAGCACUACAUACAAAAGAUCUUACGCAAACAUAGAUCAAAAUAUGAGGAUCCAUGUGGACUGUUAAAAUGGAGUAAGCCCAGGUAUUUUCAGACAAAUAACUCCCUUAUCUGUAAAUAUGUGCCCUAUGAUCAAUUUCAAGAUUAUAUGAAAGAAAAGAAGUCAAAUCGUACAGAACAUUCCAAGUCUGAGAAAGAGCAAAUCCAAAUUAACAGUGCAAUAGAAAAAUUUCUCAUGAGUAAGAAUAACAUAGAUUUAUCAAGGUUAUCAACAAAGUUCAAGAAAACAUAUUCUCCAAAGAGGGUUAGCUAUUGUGAUCCUGACAUAGCAGGAAAAAAAAGGUUGGUGAAAUCACCCAAAACAUCAAAACACUGGAAACAGCAGGCAAAUCAAAGCAAUCAGCUGACCACCUUGGAUCUUAAAAACAAAGGAAGACGAUGGUUUACUGAGUCACAGAUUAUUAAAAAGAAGAGAAUCAAACAUUCUGAUCUCAAAGGGAAAAUUAAAGGACAAAAUUUAAGGAUUAAAUUAAAUUUACAUCCUUUUAGAAAAGUCAGAGUCCAUCCAGAAAAAUCCUCACCAGAACUCCUCAGAAAGCGUAAACAAGCAGUGAUACCUCCUAAGAAAUUCCCCAAAACUUCUGAGAAAAAAACUAAGAUUAAUCUUGUGUCUUCUGCAGAUAUCCUUCAACAGGCAGAGAGUAACAACUAUGUUAAACUCACUCAAAAAAGGCUGUCUCUUGAACAUGCCCCAAAGCAGACUCCAAAUUACAAAAUAAAUGUUAAAAAUGCUUCUCUCCUAAGUGCUAGCAAUUUGUCUACAGGCAACCAGAGCUCUGUAACAGGCAACUGUUACCCAACUGGUCAGGUUCCUAAUGGAAACUCAUCAACUGUGCCUUAUCCUAUACCCCAGGAUGUCCAGCCCGGACUCUCACUUUCUCAGUCCUCAAUGGAGCAAAUGGAAGGUACAUCUCAGUUCCAACGGGAAGUUCCUAGUUAUUCAUCAGCUACUUCAGAAAAUGUAGGAAAUAACAUUUUACCAUUUCACCAUUCCAGGAAAGUAACUGAUCAAGGGGCAACAGAGUCCAGAGAACUCAUGGGGCAGAAUGAAUCAAAGUCCAGUGAGCUAAACCAGUUACCUUUGUCCAUAAGGAACCAAGCACAAUUUCUAAGUAUAUACAAGACUGACACUUACAACAAGGAAUGUACUUCAGAGCAAAAUCAAGCUUUACAAUGUAAGGAGCAAAACUCAAGUCACCAACAACUUGAAAAUGAAGAAAAAACAGUAAUGACAAGACCCAAAAUAUCCCAUCAAAUUGUGGAAAGUUGUAUUAUGGAUAAGGAAGGAAAUGAGGUAGGAAAAAAUCAUCUUAACACAGAAACUUAUCAUUCCUCUCUUAUUCCCUGGACACAGUCCAAGAACAACCUACCAUUUAUGAUGACAAAUUCUAUUCCACACCAAAAUAGAACAGAGCUUCCCAAGGAUAUCAGUACUUCUUCUCUUAGUAGUCAAGCCAUUUGGCAUCUAACCAAUAGUAGUGAAAAAAGAACUGACAGCACACAUGUAUCGCCCAGAGAUGACUGUGCUGAAGCUCUGGAGAUAAAAAUAGUAGAAAAAGAAGGGGAGAAUAUACUUGAUGAAAACCAGACAAAUUCUAGUAUGUUAAUUGGGACCACACAAAUGACCUCAGAGGACAUCACAAUCAGAAGGCAGCAAACUUGGGAAAAUGGGAAAAGUGAGAAACACGUAUUCUAUGAUUCAAGUUCUGUUGAGGAGACAAUUACAGUGAAAGAUCUGAGUAUCAUAAGUUCCCAAGAAACCCAAAAUAGAAUACCUCACAGUGAAGCAGAUCUUCAAAUUAACAGUCAUAUGCACAAUUUGAGAGAAAUUCAAAAUUUGCAGCCAGAUAAAGACAGCAGUGCACACAGAGAAGGUGAAAUGGCAGCGGAGAGACAUGCAGUGCUUCCUCUCUCACCAGAGUUAAAAGACAUUCGUUUUGAGGGAGAAAAUGAGGUGCCUCUAAUUCCUAGCAGAAUAAAUGAAGCUGAAAACUCUGUUCCAAAACCUGUACUGCAUCCACCAUCUGCUGAAUAUGCUAAUACAUCACCUUUAGAAGCAGAGCAAAGUGAACAAAAUAACUCAAAUAAUAAUCACUUUCUAGCUUAG